CAUUAUACUUAAAUUGACAACCCCUCUUCAAGAGCUUACUGGAGAGACCCAUCCAAAGGGGCUACCCCAACAUCACACAAGAAUUCUAUUCUUCCCCCUCAAAAAAAAAUCACCUAAAAAACCAUAAUUUUCAAUCAAUUAAUCAAUCAAUCAAUCAUGCUGGGCAAGCGAUCCCGACCAGCAAUCGGAAAGAAAUCAGGGAUCAUCAACACGGUAACGAGCCCGCGUAGUUCACUAGAUGGUUGGGUGUUACAAUCCCCUAGAAGGUUCAAAAGCAAUUAUUGUGAUCAUGGUGGGGGUGUUGGGUUAGGCAUAGUUAUAGCCCUAGACAACAAUAACAAGUCUAGUAACACUUAUAAUGUUGGUUCAUGUGGUGGUGAAAUUCUUGCCAAAUAUGCUAUUUGUAACCAAUUUUCUAGUCCUUCAAAUCCAAUUAAUGUCAAAAAUCCAUCAUUUUCUACAAGAAUUGAGAUCAAUAAAUCAAAAGAAGAUGAAAUAAUGGAAGAAGAAUUCACUUAUGUUACAUGUUAUGGACCUAAUAAGUCCACCACUACAAAAGUUUACUAUAGUGGAAAUGAAUUUGCCCAAUUUCAUGGGAAACCCAAAAUUGGUGUCUUUAAUAUAUCAUCUCCUGCAAAAUUCUUAGAUGAUUGUUCAUCAGAGCCUGAUUUUCUCAGUUCAUGUCAUUUGUGUAAGAAGGGUCUUAUUGACAAGGAUAUUUACAUGUACAGGGGUGAAAAGGCAUUUUGUAGUGAAGAGUGCAGGCAAAGACAAAUAGGGAUUGAUGAAAGGAAAGAACAAUGCAGAUCAGAAGCUUCUAGAUCUGUUGAACUUUCAACUUCACCUUGUGGUUAUGCAAAAAGAAGCCAGAUCUUCUCAAAUGGGAUAGUAGCCAUUUAAUGGAGUAUAGAGUAUAUUAUUAGGAAUAAUUUUCUCCUAUUAUAAAGAUAAUAUUAUUAUUGUCAAGAUGGAAAAGGUAUUAAUUAAUCUAGAAUAAGCUAAUUUAGAUUUUAUAUAUAUAUAUAUAUAUAUA